CACAUUCGCCGGCCGGAAAAUUGAAAUGGGUCGCCUGCAAGGUGAUCAAAACCCACAAGCCCCUCAACCCCCCGAGGAUCAAAAGCCUCAAGCCCCUCAGUUCCGAUCCGAAGUUCCUCCUACCCAUCCGUACCCACCUUCAAAUGCGGCGCCGGCCGUCGGCUACCGGCCACAAGGUCCGGAGAAUCCUGCCCAGUUCUCCUACCAGCCGCCUGGAGCAGCUGCAGCUUACCCACCUCCACCACAGGAUCAGCAUCAGGCCGUGCCUUUCCCGCCAAAUGCUUCGCCUUCAAAUGUGCCGCCGGCUGGCUACAUGCCACAAGGUUCAGAGAAGCCGGCCCAGUUCUACGGCCAGCCGCCUGGAGCAGCUGUGGCUUACCCACCAGCAUCACAAGCUCAGAACCAGGCCGUCCCUUUCCCGCCAAACGCGCCUCAGCCUUAUAAUGUUAACCAGGCGGCUGCUUUCAAGCCUCAGCCGGGGACCUACCCGGUGGCCGAAGGGCAGCCUUACCAGCAACCGCCGCAUGGUCAGGCAACUUUCGGUGGCUAUGGACCGCAUCUGGGCACUACCCCUUGGACGACCGGAUUAUUUGAUUGCAUGGAAGAUCCAACAAGUACCCUGAUUACAGCUUGCUUUCCAUGCGUGACGUUCGGACAAAUUGCUGAGAUACUGGACAACGGCACGACGCCAUGCCUCACCAGCGGGCUCAUAUACGGCGCACUAGCGUGGCUGGGAGUGCCCUGCAUCCUGUCUUGCACUUACAGAACGAGGCUGCGGGCCAGGUACGGCCUGCUGGAGUCUCCUGCUCCCGAUCUCAUUACUCACUGCCUGUGCGAGUGGUGCUCGCUCUGCCAAGAAUACAGGGAGCUCAGGAACAGAGGCAUGGACCCAGGCAUCGGCUGGCAAGCCAACAUGAUUCUCCAAGCUCAACGACAACAGCAAGGUGCCACGACGCCCCCGGUGCACCAAACAAUGGCUGCUCCCUGAGAUCCAAGAUCUAGAACUCGAAGUUUAAUGAGAGCUUUGGUUCUUUAUCAGUUCUCUCAAAUUGUCUCCAGUAGUUUGGUUUAAGACAUAAUUUGCAAAUGUUUUUUACUCGUAGUGUGAAAUUCGAUCUCAUUAUUGAGCAGAUAAAUAAAAUGUGGUGUA